AUGUCUAAAGUUACAGAGCAACUGAAAUUUUUGAAUAAAAUUAGCAGCACUACCAACCUGCCCCAGAUCCUCAUAGAUCCGAAGAAGUAUUCGGGACUCAGGUUGACGUUUCAAACGAAAAACCAUAAUGGACAUAUGGGUGCUAGAGUCUUUUGGCAUAACUACCUGCCCACUUUACAAUUUUACAAUCCACGAAUAAAAUUUGAUGUGGUAAGAAUAAAGAAUGAAGACAAGCAAAAGAGUGUUCCAUGCAAACUAGAAAUAUUAUGUCAAGAAGGCUCAGUUACAGAAACUAUCGAUAUGCGCAAUAAAAUGCAUGAAGACAUAAUGAGAGAUUUACUUGACAAGAUAGAGCACAUUCCUCUUCCAGAGAGUGAGGUUAUGAAAGUACCAUCGUCAUUGAGGAGUAUACACUAG